CCUUCUGUGUGCUGGAACCAUCACUUUUAGCUCAAGACUUUCUGCUGCUAACGCCCCCCGGAAACAGCUGCUAAUUUAGGUUAGCAAAGAGACUCAGCUGCUGCUGCAGCCCAGGACACUGAGCAAGUUAGAAAAAAACUGAGUUUGCAUAUGCUUGUCGAUUGAAUAAACACUUGUAGCUAUCAAAAGAGUGAGUGAGCUGGUGGAUUGUAAACCAGUAAAAGACAGUGAGAACAGAUCCAAAUAAGACAACAAAUCCCACUCCCACUUCAUCAAUAUGGGAGCUGUAAUCUCAAGAUGGAGGGCUAAACCAUCCACCGUGGAGACUUUGGAACGACUUGAAAAGAAUAUCCAGACCCUUGAAGACUACAGUGUGAAGUAUCAAAGGCAGCUGAAGAUAUGGGUGGGACGGCUGCUUCUCUAUUCGUCUCUGCUCUACUUGAUUACCUGUGUCGUCGUGUAUUUCUGGUACCUGCCUGAACAGAUGAUGGGACGGCUCAUACUUUCUCUUCCGUUUGUAAUUUUUCCACUUUUAGUGUGGUUACUGCGAAAGAUGCUUGUAUAUAUAUUUUCGCGAAGAACUGAAAAAAAUAAUGAAACAUUAGAAGAUCUGAAAGCACAAAAAAGAAAAAUACUUGAAGAAGUAAUGGAAACUGAGACGUACAAAAAUGCCAAAAUGAUUCUGGAAAGAUUUGAUCCAGAUUCAAAGAAAAAUAUUGAACCUGAAUCCACUCCAGUUGGACCACAGAAAUCUCCCAAACCAGGACAAGAGCUCCGCCAGCGUCAUGUCAUGCCAAAGACCCCAGUGGUGAUGGUGAAUCCUGGAAGCGGUUCUGCUGCCCGUCCUCCUCAUGCCUCUGGGCCCAGCUAUCCUGGACGAUCUUCCCACUCUGCUCCCGGCGGACCCCCAGAGAGGAGCCUGUCAGCAGUAGCUGCUCAGCAGAGCUUGAUGAGGAAGCCCGUGACCCCGGGAACACCUGUUCCAGGAGUCGGCAUGCACCCACCAGGCCCACCCCUGGCUAGACCUGUGCUCCCAAGGGAAAGGAGUGCCAUGGACAGAGUUGUUGAGUAUCUUGUUGGAGAUGGUCCUCAGAACAGAUACGCUCUCAUAUGUCAGCAGUGUCUCUCUCAUAACGGCAUGGCAUUAAAAGAAGAAUUCGAAUACAUCGCCUUCCGAUGUGCGUAUUGUUAUUUCUUGAACCCUGCGAGAAAGACCAGACCUCACGCACCCAGACUCCCUGAGGUCACUGAACCCAAGACACCAUCUGAGGUGCCCCAGCCUUCAUCUCUUAACGUUGAUGAAGACCAGUGUGUUUCAGGAAAAACCAAGCUUGCUGAUGCCCCACUUGGAACAGAUGCCCAUGAGUYGGGCACAGUGACGGCCACGGAGCCCAGUUCUGCAUCAGAUGCCCAAAACACCACUGAAUCACAAGACCAGGCCUCCGAGAAAUCUGAUGAAGAGCAUGACGUUUCUGCCAUGGAAGUGGAAUAAACCAGAGUGGUGAUAUUUUAAUUCAAGUCAAGCUGGAGCAUUUAGUUUUUGGUUUGUUUACAGUUACACACAUUAGGUUGCAUAAGCAYCAUUCAGCUGGAAGUCCGUUUCUUGUAAGAAAAACCCUUUUUAAACGUCUAGCAAUGAGCUAUAUACUGUAUUACAUGACACCAGCAUAAUCUGUCAAGAUUGUGCACCAAUAAACACUAUAAAGUAUGUCUUGUUUCUGAAGUUAUAUUUUAGUAUUUUUUUUUUGUUUUUUCUUGUCUGUAUUUUUUUUUGAUGAAGUUUGACGUGUUGUGAUGAAUUGAGUAUAAUACCCACAAGCAUGUUGGAAUGUUUUGUGAAGAGUUUUAUUUAUGAACGAUUAUUUAUAACCAUUUUCUUCUGUGUUUGAGAUGACAGUGUUUACUUUGGUACUCUGCAGCAUUUAAUUGCUAACAUGUUUACACAGCCAGGAAUUCACAUGCAGUAAGUGUGUUUGUUACUAAAAGCAAUGCAAGGAGAGUUGUGUUAUGUCCUAAGUGCCUUUUUCUUUGUUGUGUUGCUUCAAAGUAUUUUCAAUAAAAUUAUAUUUUACAAGAAGA